AUGGCGUACCUUCUAUUCUGGAUCCUGGCCUUCGCCGCAAUAACCGUUACCGCGAGCGACAAUCCUCUCGACACGAUCCUCCCUCUAAUCACAUGGGCGGGCGUCAACUGGCCCCUCAGCCGAGAGACCAUGAUCCCCGAAGGCCUGGAACACGCCUCUGCCGAUUCCAUCCUCGACCGCAUCGCCUCCGCAGGCUUUAACUUUAUUCGAAUGCCCUACGCAAUCGAAAUGAUCGACCUCUUCUACCUCAACAACCAAACCGACACUCCCUUCCCCCAGACUCUCAUCUCUGCCCUCGGCCCAGACAACGGCGCCCUCAUCACCUCCCAGAUUCUCCUCCAUAAUCCCAUCUGGACGCGUAACACGACACUGUUCAAAAUCUGGUCUGACAUUGUCCGCGUCGCCGCCCGAAAGAAUCUGUACAUCCACCCCGACGCGCACGUCUCAAAGGCGGAGUGGUGCUGCUCCCAGACCGACGGGAAUGCCUGGUUUGGGGACGAGCACUUUGAUAUUGAGAACUUGACGCGAGGGCUGGGUUACGUAGCCGAAUGA